GACAGCACUGCUCCUCCGCUAACAGGUGUGCUGCUACUGUCCGGGUCACUUUUGCUAGGAAACCACAGGGAGGUAGCGUCCCAAAACCUGAACCGAGCCUCCUGUACGCGGGACAGCGGGGACCAGAGGGAGGAGAAUCAACCCCGUUCAAGUCUUUCUCUUUAUUAGCCUGGGCUGUUUGAACGGGUUCAGACAGAGACAGAGAGAGAGAGAGAGAGAGAGAGAGAGAGAGAGAGAGAGAGAGGGAACGAUGGCAACGAAAAAGGCGUGCGUGGAUGCGCCCAAAAGGAGCCGGAGUCCGGUCGUGUUGGAGGCGGAGAUGUUCAGUGAAUUUCAGGACUGGUGUCUCCGGACUUAUGGAGACUCCGGUAAAACAAAGACCGUCACCCGGCGAAAAUAUAACAAAAUCAUGCAGACACUGUUGCAGAACGACGAGUCGGAUGGCGUUUAUAUCGACAACAGCCACAUCAACGCCAAAUUCAAAUUCUGGGUGAAGUCUAAAGGAUUUCAGGUCGGGACCAACGUUUUGGGAGAGCACAACAAGAAAGGAGCUCCAGGGAAACCCGUCCUAUAUGUCCCGGUCAAGUCAACGUGUUCAGAUGGGAACUCAGCCCAAGACAACUCCUCCCUGAAGCGUGUAGCCGUGGUAGAAGACUUCUUCGACAUCAUCUAUGCCAUGCAUGUGGAAAUGGGCGCCGACCCGGGCAGAGCACCCAAACAUGCAGGCCAAAAGAAGACCUACAAAGCGAUAGCAGAGACCUACGCCUUCCUGCCCAGAGAGGCGGUGACUCGGUUCCUAAUGAGCUGUGGAGAGUGUCAGAAGAGGAUGCACAUCAACCCCAGCACGGCAGAGUUCAAAGAAAAUGACAGACCAACCUCCCUGGUCCCGGACCUCAUUGAUUACAACAUGCCUCUUACUGCCACCUACCUGAAACAAAUGAAACUGCAGUGCAUGAAUGCCACUGAGAGGGAUGACAGUUCGGUGAGCAGCGAGGAGAUGAACAGCGCUGAGCCUACAUGGAUCGCAGCUGAGCAGCCCCCAGUGCCUGAGCCCAGUCCACCUAAUGGAGAGAGAGUCAGCAACCAAACAGCCAACGUUAAAGAAGAGGACGAUGACGACUCCUCAGAGAGCGGGCUGCCGGCCCUGACCUCCCCGGAGGUGCUGGCUGUGGGCGGGAACCCCCCAGAUGGUGGGGCCCCUUACGGGGAGAUGGCAGAGAACGGGUUGAGCGCUCCACUGGACUUCAGCACCACCUCACCCUCAUCCUCUUCAGAGGAUCAGCAGCCGGUCAAUCUGAGCGACAGACUGCUGCCUGCAGGGAGCUCGCCACCAAACUCUUACCCCGCAGACCCCAACAGAAAGUACCCCAUCAAAACCGAGUACGCCAACAAGUCCCCUCCUUACAGCUCAGGAAGCUAUGACUCUGUAAAAACUGAACUGAGCAUGAGUGCAGAGGAUCUGACCUCUGGUCGGGCACAGAUAAUUGACGACGACGACGAUGAUCACGAUGACCACGAUGACAGUGACAAGAUCAAUGACGCCGAGGGUAUGGACCCUGAGAGACUCAAAGCCUUCAAUAUGUUUGUGCGUCUGUUCGUGGAUGAGAAUCUGGACCGCAUGGUGCCCAUCUCCAAACAGCCCAAGGAGAAGAUCCAGGCCAUUAUCGAGUCCUGUAGCCGCCAGUUCCCAGAGUUCCAGGAGCGCUCCCGCAAGCGCAUCCGCACCUACCUCAAAUCCUGUCGCCGCAUGAAAAAAGGCGGUUUUGAGAUACGACCAACACCUCCUCACCUCACCUCUGCCAUGGCUGAGAACAUCCUCGCUGCUGCCUGUGACAGUGAAACCCGAAAUGCUGCCAAGAGGAUGCGACUCGAUGUGUACACGGAUGAGCCCGCCUCCGUUGACAAGCCCAACUCGAGGGACCCGGCCUCUGUGGCCCCAUCAGGGUUCUCCAUCUCCAGCGCAGCUUUUGCCCAAGACCAGCUCUACACCAAUGGAGGCCUCAACUACAACCUGCGGGGAUAUGGGACAGUCGGCAGCAACCAGCAGAACUCUGGUGCUGCGCAAACCAACGGUCCCACAGAUUUGAGUAUGAAGGCAGUCGGCCCAAACUCCUCCACCUCCAGCUCCAACAGCCACGGUCAGGGAGGCGGCGGUGGCGGAGCCUCGGCUCAGCUCAGCCCUCCGGAGGUCACAGCGGUGAGGCAGCUCAUCGCAGGAUACCGAGAGUCUGCCGCCUUCCUGCUCCGCUCAGCAGACGAGCUGGAAAACCUGAUCCUGCAGCAGAACUGAGUCCGAGCCAAAACCGUGGCGAGACCCUCUCCUAGCCUGUCCACGUCUGUCGCCCUCGGUCACACAUAUUUGGGCAGACUUGCAUACAAAGACACAAAAUGUACACGAGUGAUACUGCAGCGCACAGUGGGUCCUGUAGGUAUGGUACCUUUUCUUAUUCCCACAUGUUUAUGUAUUUGGACGGGCCAGAACAUAUCACAGGCUGAAAAAUGUUUAUUUAUGCAUUUGGUUCACUUUGACCUUAGUGCCCUGUUAUCUGUAGCCAUUCAUCCCAUUCAGUUCAUUUUACCACUUCAACCUCCAUUCGUCUCAGGAAGCGAUGAUCUAUGUGAAAAAAAAAAGACCUGCAUUGGUGCACAGUGGCGUACCAGAGGUGUUAACCUUAAAUUAGCUGUGACCAUAAUGCCACACUGGCUCAUUUGUGCAGAUGUUUGGACAUAUUAAUGGUUAAAUAGCAGUGAUUUAGUGUCAUUACCUUGUUUCUAUCUUUACACAAAUGUAAAAUAUGCUGUACAGUGGCAUGAUUUGAUUAGGUCGUCUGAGUCAUUUCUAAAUGAUAACUCUCUCCGAAUUCACUUCUGCAUUGCGUUCUGAAAGUCCAUAGAUGAAUCGCUGCUAAAUCAACUGACCUGUUAACCUCAACAGCUACUGGAGGACGUGCUGACUUACACAUGCACAUUAAAAAAAAGUAGAGAAAAGGAAAAGAAAAACAGGACAGUGUUUAUCAGUUUUCUCCUGUAAAUUUUGGCCAGAUCAGUCAAGUCGUGUGGUCAAAACUAUACCUCGGUCCUGCUCUGUUGGAGUGGUUUCCAGAUUGUUAGGGCAUGUCGUGACUAAGAGACAAAGACUCAUUACCCAACGUGACUUCAUUUUCAAUUAUUUUAUUAUGAAUAUUUCUAUCACAGGCAAUUUCUCAUUACUUAAAAAAGGAAGGAGGCUUUUAAGAAGCAUGGGUAUGCAAAUUGAGGUCACAGACACCUGUCAGGGAAAAAAGGAGAUUAAUAUAUUGUUUAGACUCUUGGUUUUUAUAACCAGUGGAAAAAGGUGCAAUAUUGAAGAUAAUCAGUAAUGGUGUGCUUACUGAAAGGACUUUAUCAGACUUGCUGAAGUGUUUUAAGGCAAAACAGGGAGUACUUUACCACAAUCUCCUCCUGCUGUAACUGUCAAGUUGUAAAAAAAAAAAGAAGAAAAAAAGAAAAAAGAAAUGAUAUCCCAUGCAGCAUUGUAGCCAAUUUCAAUGUUGUUGUUUGUUGUUAAUACUGAUCUUUAUUGCUAACCUCAUAACUGAGGCACUUUCAUGUAUUGGGAUCAGUCAAAGGAAAUAAGACCUGGCAGAAAAAUGAGACUUAAUGUUGCACGUCUUUUUUUAUUUUUUACUUUAAAGUGAUUUUGGGGUCAUUUUGUGAAGGAAUUGUUCUGUGAGUAAAUUUUUUUUAAGUUAAAACUGGCACAUUGAGCUCACAUGCAUCCAUUCCUGACAGUCACAUGAAUGCAGCGGUGUCAACCUAACAUCCAUAUGGCUUUACUGGAUGCAGUGCGAGUGUGUGUGUGUGUGUGUGUGUGUGUGGGCUGCUCAGUCUGUAUCAUCCCCUCUGACCUCUCUCCCUCAUCUCCACUCAUUGAUAUCAUAUCUGAAAAACACACUGUUUGAAAAGAAGCAAGAGACAAUCUUUAAAAAAAAAAAAGAUGUAAUCGCAUCACAGUUUACUCUCCCAGCUUUCUGCUAUGGUGUGUGUGUGUGUGUGUGUGUGUGUGUGUGUGUGUGUGUGUGUGUGUGUGUGUGUGUGUGUGUGUGUAUGUGUGGUCUGAGGGCACACGAGUACUCAAAGCAGAUCUAGAGCACAGUCUCACAACAGACACUUUUAAUGGUGAGUCACUCAGCACAAAGAACUGUUGUGUAAGUGUGUGUAUGUGGAGUAUUUUUUAUUUAUUUUUUGUAUUUUUAUUUUCUAAGUGUUGGUAUUGACAGUAUGUUGAUUUUCUGUUUGUGUGUAAGUGGAGUGACCCAGUUUGUACAAACAUCAAUCUGUGAAGAUUUAAUUCAGUCGGCUGAAACAUUCCAAACUAGGACAAUGACUCUUCAAGCAGCCCCGAAAGUGGCUCGCACCUUAUUGAUCUGUCAAAGUUCAAGAGAGAUAUAUUUCUGUAUUUAUCACAAAUCUAUCAAAAUUUAUCAGUUAUUUAUCAUGAAUCAGUCCGUCAUUCACAUAAACUUCUCACCACCGCCAGACCGGUUCAGAGUUGGAUAUACAUUUUAUUGCCAUGUCAUGAUUGGGCUGCGUUACAUUUUACAUUUAAAUUAUCUAUUGCAAGUUUGGAAGCACUUUAUAGCUCAGGAUUAAGGUAACAUAACACAGUGAUUUGAGUGUGUCUUUACCUCAUUUGUAAUAUCAGCUUCAGUUCAAACAUAGUGAGAACUGAUUAUAACAAAGGACAGUUUGAUGCAGAAGCAGCUCUCAGUCUGCUUUAUUAAUGACUAUAUAUAUAGAAAAAAUUAAAAAAGCAAACAGCUCCUUUGUCUCCUGUUUGAAAAUCUUAUUGGAGCUCAGUUUGAACUCAUCAGUUUGAAUGGUCCAUCUCAGGGGUGUUUCAUAAAGGAGGCGCCUUUAAAAAAAAAAAAAAAAGCGUGGUGUCUCGUGAAAAGAACUGAACAAGGAUGAAUCUGUUUCAUAAAGUUGGUUUAGAGAAAAUGUGAGCGGUGGUAGUCGAGUCUGGUUUAUUUAUUUCAUGACAUUGAAACACACAAACUGACAUGUUGGGACAAAAGAGCACAGUUCUGCAGCCACAAAGCAACACAUAUUAAAACAUAAAAAUAUCACUGCAGAAAACUUACAUCACUGGAAUAAACAACAUAAAAUAGAGCCUCUGGCUGUGUGCUGGACAAAAGCUCAGACUCAUUCCUCUGUUAGCUGUGCCUGUUGCUGUGCUCUGACAUUGUGGGUUUAAAUCCUGCAUGAAUUACAAGAACAAUUAAACAUGUAUCAAAUAGGACUUUUUUUUAAUAGAAAACCAUUACAUAAUUUGCAUUUUUAGAACCUUAAAACAGUUAUAAUCAAUAUAUUUUCAUAAUAAAAUAGUGUCAAAUGACAAUGUGUAAUGUGAGAGGGCUCCUAAUGUUGAAACUACAGAGAAUCAUCGGCUGAAUCUGCAGCUCCCCGCGGCUUUACAGAGCUUUAUAGACAGUUUCAGCUGAUUGUUUAGCUGUCUGGCCACGACUUUACUGUUUCGGUUUACUCUCACAGCUGCAGCCAGCAGUAAAAAAAACUCUAAAAACACACUGUAUACUACCUGCUCAGCACCAAACUGCAGACAAAGACACAGUUAGCAACUAGCUGGGGAUGCAUUCAGCAGCUGAGGAGCAAGAUAUUUCCCUCAGGAGUUGGUAGAGACCAAAAAACGAGCUAAAAUAAGAGUGAAUACUGACCUUAAAUUCAUCAGCUGACUCCAAAUAGAUGAUAAUAAUGUUGCUCCGUAACAGCUGGAUGUAUAAAUAAGCGACUGUUUGAUAACAAGUUUGCCAUAUCAUCUUAAAAGUGAUGCUAAUGUCAGUGUUGCAACUUGUUUCCGGUGCCAUCAAGUGGCCAAAAAAUGUGUUAAAUUAUCAGCUGGAUUGUGUUACUUGGUUUGUACAAGUGACUCAGCAGUCUCCAUAUUGAGAAAAUACUUUUUUAUCUUUUUUUAAAUAUCUUCUGACAGGUUGUCUGCCACUUGCUGCAGAUGUAAUGAAUGGAUUUAAUUUAAUUUAGUGACUUUUAAAGAGAGGAGAAAUGGUGAAGUUCGGCUUUAAUUUGAUUGCAGAAGCACGUAUGUUGACAGAUAUGAGCACAGAUUUAAAUUAUGCAAUUAAACUCAUCCCAUGUCAGUUACGUGACCUACAUUUUUGUGCGAGCAGACUCGUGUUCACGGUGCAGCCGUAAAGAGGAUCCUUCAGGGGAGGAACCUACGAGAGAACGCAAUGUUUCGGUCUGACACUGUUUAAAGUGAAGCUGAGCCUGGACCACGGUAGUCUGUAGGGAUGGGUUUCCAUGGUAACUUAGAUCAGACUUAUUUAAACCUCCUUUAUGAAGCAGAAUUGCCUGACUUUCUAAAAUAAUCGUGCUUUAUGAAACACCCCUCUGGGCUCUAACAGACGUAAUCAUAGAUAUACGUGGGACCCCCGAGUCCUCACAUGUCUUCCUCGUCUCCUCCAACCUCCUCGUUUGUUACUGUAGCCAUAGCAGAUCCUCUACACUUCAUGUCUAACUCAGUGAUGCCAUGUUGAUCUUGUCUCAUUUUUCCACAGACAUUUAGCUUGCAGAUUUGUAAACUGUCUCACGCUGAGCAACAUUUUUAGCUGUGUGCUGGAGUUACUGUGAUCAACGACGACCGCGUGUCGUCAUAUGUUGUUGUUUUUUUUUCUAAUAAUGCCCAAUGUAUUUUUUCUCUUUGUAUUGACUGGACAAUGUAAUCUAUUGGUGUUGAUUAAAAAUGCCCUGGUAGCUUGUGGAUUGCUAAAGUGGUCAGAUAAAUGUACUGUAUAGCUGUACAAAGAGUGAUAAAAGAUGUUUUUUGCUUUCUUUUUUUUUUUCUGUGGGUACAGCACUGUAAAAAAAAAAAAUCAAAGUGGUUUUAGCCCUUGCCUGUUUUAACUUAUCAUUUGGUGGUGGUCUGUAUUACUUCUAUUGUUAUUUAUAUUAUUUCAAUUGUUGCCUCUCCUGCACUGAUAAGAGACUGUAGCUCUGUGCAGGGGGUUGUACUGUAAACCUGUGUGAAGCUUUGUAUUUUUCCCCUCUGGUUUUUGGACUCAGUGAAAGUGUGAUGUUUACAUGUACAGUUUUUCAGAAUAAUUUUUGUUUUUGUUUUAUUCAGGCUGUUUUUUUUUCUCCUCACCUAUACCCCUAAUCUGUGUACAUUUGCCCAGAUAUUUUCCUUUUGUCGUUUCAUUGCAUCAAGUGCAGACGUGACCUCUUUGACGACUCGGUCACGUGGUCAGAGUGUGCCGUGACAGCUGGUUGUGGUCGGCUCGGUGUUGUGGUGGCUUCCAGCAUUUAAAAAAAAAAAAAAGGUAAUCUUAAGUAAAAAAGGGAGCUUCACAACUUCUCAAAGUGGACCAGCAAAGAUUUAUUAAGGAUCAAGAUGACUUUAAUCAGCUGUUUUAGAAUACUAUUGUGGCCUAAAUGGAGAUAGGUGGGGUGUAGGUACAUUUAUUAUACUACAUUAAGUGCUCAGAAUCUUUUAAUAUCCCGACUUUGUUGUCAGGGAAAACUCCUUGUCCUUAACCCGACUGGUACCCUGAAAGGUACACUUUGACCUGUUGUAAUAUCUCCUCGGUAACAUAAAAGCCAUUCCCCUCUCCUGGCCUUUUAAGGGGAACCCAUAAACCUCAGGAAAUACUGAAUCUCCAAGUUUAGUUUUUAUCCACUGAUUUCUUCUGAAAUGAGAUUUAAUUCUCUAACGAAAAACCAUUAACAUUUAUAUGAGAUGUCUAUUGUUUUGUACAUUUAUCAUUGUGAUUUAAAAGUGGAGCUUUUUCCAGUACCUGUGACUUAAUAUUUUGAUUUUUUUGGAGUGUUUAUAGGUAUGGAUAUUUAUUAUUAUAUGUGAAACUACAAAAAGACAAAAGAAAAGGUUGAACCUGUUUCAUUUGUAUGUUUCAUGCAAAACUGUCCAGGUGAGAUUUUCUCUGCCUCUUACAUAUCACUAAUGAGGGACCUGUGUUUGUUUGGAAAUAGCGCUUUUUCAGUGUUGCAUCAACGCUAUGAAAAAAAAAACAACAAAAAAAAACUAAAAAACAACAACAGUGGUUUACCAACAGCAGAGUUGCAAGGCUCUCCUCUUCUCCUGAGAUGUCAGUAAUUGAAUAAAAUAGUGCGAUGAGCUAUCUAACUGAGA